CUGAUUUCAUCAUACCGAAAAAACAGAAAGUAGGGCACCAGCAGCACUCACCUCUUAACGCCUUUUUUUUUUUAUUAUUAUUUCUUUUUUCCUUUCUUUUCCAUUUCCCAUUUUCCCUCUAAACAAACACACACAGACAUAAUCUGCAAAUCUGUGCUCUCCCUCGUGAUCCUCUCUGACUCAACAAAACGACACAACACUUGAAAGAAAUGGGCCCAUCUUCUUCUUGUUUCAAGGAGCUCAAACAGCCAAAUUACAAAAACAAAAACAGAGAACAAGAACAAACCAAAGCAACUACUCCACUUUCUCUUUAACUGAAUAACAAACAAGAAACUGAAACAAACCCAUUUAUCCAAUCUUAUAUAAUCCAAUCCUCACAUACCCUUUUCUCUCUUUUCGUGUAAAGCUUCAAUAUUUAUUUUACUUUUUUGCUGAAAUGAAGUGUUUUCAUUUCACCAAUGGAGAAAGAAGGGAAGAUGAUGAUGGAGGAGGAGGAGGAAACGAUGUGGUUUCAAGGGUAGUCUCAAGGGUAUCAUGGGCAAGAUCAUUGAGUGUAGCAUCAAGUAGUGUAGAUACAACAACAAGAAGGUCUGAGUUUGACUCUGAGUGUUGUAACUCGUCAAGAGACUUAUCUGAUUCAGUUGGGUUUUUUGAGUUUUUAUCUCAAAGAAGAGCUAAUGAUAUAAAAGUAUUUACGUUUUCUGAGCUGAAAUCUGCUACAAGAGGGUUUAGUAGAGCUUUAUUGAUUGGUGAAGGAGGUUUCGGCUGUGUUUACAGAGGGGUUGUUAGGGUUCUUGAUGAGGAAAACAAUGGUCUUGACUCUAAGAUGGAUGUUGCUGUCAAGCAAUUGAAUCGCCAUGGUUUCCAGGGGCACAAGGAAUGGAUAAAUGAAGUUAAUUUCUUGGGUGUAGUUAAACAUCCUAAUCUUGUUAAGUUAGUUGGAUAUUGUGCUGAAGAUGAUGAAAGAGGAAUGCAGCGGCUUUUGGUAUAUGAGCUUAUGCGUAAUAAAAGCUUAGAAGAUCAUUUAUUGGCUCGAGUACCGAUGCCUCUCCCAUGGAUGACAAGAUUGAAAAUUGCUCAAGAUGCAGCUCGUGGGUUGGCAUACCUCCACGAAGAAAUGGAUUUUCAGCUAAUAUUUCGAGAUUUUAAAGCGUCAAAUGUUCUGCUAGAUGAGGACUUCAAUGCAAAGCUUUCUGAUUUUGGAUUGGCUAGGCAGGGUCCUCCUGAGGGACUUGGGCAUGUUUCAACAUCAGUUGUUGGCACAGUGGGUUAUGCCGCUCCAGAGUAUGUUCAGACUGGGAGGCUGACUGCGAAGAGUGAUGUUUGGAGCUUUGGAGUGGUUCUUUAUGAGCUAAUUACAGGAAGGCGAGCACUAGAGCGAAACCUACCUCGGGCUGAGCAGAAGCUAUUGGAGUGGGUAAGACCAUAUGUAUCAGAUUCAAAGAAGUUUCACCUUAUUUUAGACCCACGACUUGAGGGAGAGUAUUGCAUCAAAUCAGCUCAGAAACUAGCAGCCCUGGCAAAUAAGUGUCUAGCGAAACAGCCAAAGUCUCGCCCUAAAAUGAGCGACGUAGUAGAGACAUUGGGAAACAUCAUUAAUGAGACCUCAUCUCAAGAUGAAGUUGCCUGUGAACCUGUUCCCGAAACUGAAGAAGUUAAGGAAGAAACCUCAGUGGAGACUGAGCCGGAGUCUACCAAACAAGGCAAUGGUUGUCGGAAGAAGGUCUUUGACAUAAGAGAGAUCGUCAACCUGAGGAACAGAUCCAUAGGGAAAUUAGAUUGGAGAAACUGGACACCAGGGUUAGUAAGAUUUUCAGAAUAGGCUUUUGGUAGCGAGUAAAAAAUGCGUACGCCAUUUCAUCAUUAUAGGAAUGAAAAGAAAGUAAUGGGGUUGACCGUCAGUUCAUCACAGUCAACAAAGUGAAUACAGGCAUUUUCAUACUGCUUAAAGUUGAAAGGUAUUCAUUCUCUCUUCCUUGCAAAAUAGCUGUAAAUAUAGGUUACUGAAGCUGAGAGACAUGCAUGCUUCUCUCAAAUACACAAUGUAACGUGCCAUCUAUAAUAUGUAAUUUUGCCCAAGAUGAGUAGUUACAUGGGCAAAUUUUCUUUUUUCCCUUACAGAGUAGUAUGAAGGUCUGAUUCCUCAGAGAGAUUAGCCUGCCCUCUUCUAGACCUACUCUUCCAUGUUUUUGUGUGGAGAUUUUUGAAGGGUAUUUCCCCUUUUAGGAAUUUA